AUGAUUUCGUGAUGUAUCGGUGAACAGAAUACAAUAUUUAAUAUUGAAAAGUACAUUAUACCAAUUCAAAGUUCAUUGACGUUGGAAAUUGUCAAUAACAAAAUUAAAAUGAACCUGCCCUGCUUUGCUGACUUGCGGAGCUGCGCAAGGGGUCCAUUCAUGAAACAUGCGCACAACGCUGCAUUGCUACAAAAUCAACUUCACUCCAUUCCGGAAAUCGUGAAUAGAUAAUCUUUUUAUUUUAAAUUUUUCUUUUCGGCAUAAUGCAGUUGUUUUCUAUAGUGUAAUUUGUGCUUAAUGUGUGUAACGCGUAAUAUGACGAUAAUAACUUUGGUCGUUGCAUUGUUUGAAAAGAUUGUGAAGAAUCGUGAAUAAUAAUAAUUAUUAACAUCGAAAGACAAAAUGGACAACGAGCAACCCCAUCAGGAGCUGGUGAAGUGCGUGGUGGUUGGCGACACGGCGGUCGGCAAGACUCGGUUGAUAUGCGCACGCGCAUGCAACAAACACGUUUCUUUGUCGCAACUGAUGACGACCCAUGUGCCGACGGUGUGGGCGAUUGAUCAGUACAGGAUUUAUAAAGAUGUACUGGAAAGGUCAUGGGAGGUUGUUGACGGUGUCAAUGUUUCACUCAGAUUGUGGGACACUUUUGGUGACCACGAGAAGGACAGGAGAUUUGCUUAUGGAAGAUCUGAUGUGGUGCUUCUUUGUUUUUCUAUCACCAAUCCUAUAUCCCUGAGGAACUGUGGAGCUAUGUGGUACCCAGAAAUUAGACGAUUCUGCCCAAACACACCAAUUCUUCUAGUCGGUUGCAAGAACGAUCUGCGUUAUAUGUACAGAGAUGAGACAUAUUUGAACUAUUGCAAGGAUCGAAGCCCAUUUAUAAGAGCACCUAGAAAAAGCGACCUAGUGAUGCCGGAUCAAGGGCGGGCUUUGGCACAUGAGUUUGGCAUCUAUUACUAUGAGACGUCAGUGUUUACCUACUACGGCGUAAAUGAGGUAUUCGAGAACGCUAUCCGAGCGGCGUUGAUAGCCCGCAGGCAACAGCGAUUCUGGAUGACGAACUUGAAGAGGGUGCAACGACCUUUGUUACAGGCGCCGUUUAGACCGCCAAGGCCUAUGGAGCCAGAGGUGGCUGUAGUGAACAGCGUGUAUCUGGAGAACAUGACCACUUUAUUGAGGCAACAGUAUUUUUCAGAUAUGGUGAUAAUCUGCGGCGCCAAGGGAUUCCCCGUCCACCGCUUCAUGAUGGCUGCGGCUUGCGAAGCGUUCCAUAGACUACUGAGCACAGACUGCGUCAGUUUGUCCGCUGAGUUACGCGCCAGUUCCAGUGAGAGCAGUAUGGUAAGCAGUAUGGGAGAAGCGACCACGGGCGAUUUCAAUGAAGACACUGAGUAUCUGAUCAGGCAGGACCAAGCUAAGCAAAUGAGGGUCUGGGAUCAAAUCAAACGUAGGUCAUCAUGCCAGAUUCUUCCUUUAAGUGACAGCUGCAAGAAACCGCCAGACUUAUACAGAGAGGUCAACCACCCCGCCAUCAACUCCAUAAGGGUUGUCAAAUGCGACAAAAUCCAGCACGCGACAUCUCAAACCCAAACAGUUGUGACCAUGAGUAAACUCAUCUCACAGACGGUCAUGCAAGAAAUUAUCAACUUCAUAUACACGGGCGUUUUGGACAGCGGCGCUUUCAAACAGCAGUCGGCGGCCAUUGGAUUGCUAUUGGAGAUCCGUCAAGCAGCUGAACUUCUAGGAUUUACGGAACUUGUCAAACUAAGCCAGUUUAUACUGGACCAGCAUCUGUUGUUUGACAAAGGAUUCAUGCUUCAGUUCCAUACGCCGCUACCCCAACGGCUGCGAGACAUGUACGUGGAGCGCAACCUGUUCGCCGACGUGACGUUCGACCUCGAGGACGGGCUGCAGCCGGCGCACCGCGCGGCGCUCAUGGCGCGCUGCGACCCCAUGCGCGCCAUGUUCCGGGGGCACUUCCGGGAGAGCACUUCCAGGGUGAUAUCUUUUCCAGGCGUUAAAAUGUAUGCGUUCCACAUUCUACUGUGCUAUAUCUACUCUGACAAAGUACCAAUGGUUGAGCCGACGAGAUGUCUAGAAUUGCUGGAGCUAGCCAACAGACUGUGUAUGAAUAGACUGGUCAAUUUGGUGGAAGCUAGGGUUAUAGACCAGCUGCAGCAUCGGGACAGAGUGUGUGGUGAUGAUGAGCAAGUGGUGGAAGUGGCAUUGUCGCUUUUGGAGCCUGUUAAGUUGCACAACGCUCACAAUCUAGCGGACUGGUGUAUGUGGCGCCUGUGCAGUGCGUACGACCGUGUGUGCCGCGCCAAACAUCUCAGCUCAGCUUCCAGAGACUAUCUCUCUGACAACCGGUGGCCGCCAGUCUGGUAUGUAAAAGAGUUCGACUACUAUCAGAAAUGCGUGACGGAACAGAAUAAAGAACAGAAAGAAAUUCGGCCCAGCGGUUCAGUUCAGACGAACCAACAGACUGGUUGUCUAUGCUUUACCAGUAAAGUCCGUCGUGAAAGCGAACCGACGACGGAAGUGGCGGACGUGACGACCGCUUUAUGUCGUGCGCCGGACACCUUGCCCCACCAGCCCCUUUGACACCACACUUAUUGGAGAUCUCUCCGUUUAGCGGUGCUUCUGCCCGUUUCGAUGUGCUUCAUGAGCACAAUACUGACCAUUCUCGUAAUAUUCCACAUAUACACUUAAAACUAGAUUUACAUAGUGAUUGCACUCGAUUUAACACUUGACUGCUAUUAUUUAUAAGGCUGAUAUUGCAUUGUCAUAAUUCAUACGUCUGAAACAUAAUAUAUGAAAGAUCUUCGAAGAUUUUUGUCGCAAGCGCAUAUUUUUAAUAACAGCAAUAUAGCUUGAGCAUUUAACUUGUUUGUAAUAAUUGUGAAAAUGAAUUUGUUUGUGUGUAAAACUUUAAGGCACUACCUACUCAAUUAUUAAGAAAUUUCACUAAAUUUUGAAUUAUCGAAUGUAAAAUAAAAUGCUUCUUAUAUAGUAAAAAUCUGAUACUUUCAUAAGUUAUGAAUCAGGGUCACUUCAUAUAAAGUGUGAAGCUCAAAUGUUUGGACUUAAAUUCAUUGAUAUAAUAUUAAUAAGAGUAUGUUCGUGUCAGUAUGAUGUGUACUUUUAUUCGUAAUAUACUUAAUUUGUUUUCUUUAUUUAUGACAAUGUAGUAACAGUUAAUUUUGAUUAUAAUGUACUAAGGUCGGGUUUGCAAGUCAUAGGCGCUCUUUUGAUUCGUAUUUAUUUUUUCUGUUCGAUGAGAAAAUGGGUAAGUAAAAAAAAAACAUUAGGUAUUAAGUUUUUUUAAUAACUUAAAUUAGCAUUUCAACGUUUUAUUUUUCUAAUCUUCAUUUUAAAUUAUGAGUUAGAAAAGAAUAAUAAAGGCCUGUAGUAUUUUCGUGAAAGUUAAUGUUGGAAGAACAAUGUAAUGUGCUGUUUUAUCGACAUUUUUAUUAGACUGUUACAAGGAAGGUCUAUAUUGCGUUGGUAAGAUCACGUGCCUCUAAUGUAACAUUAAUUGUAACAAGUAACGCGUGGAUAUCAGAUUAAGGGAAAUUAGGUAAUCACAAACUGAUAGAAACACUCUCGUAAUCAAUCUUUGAUGUUACUUUUUUUUAUAUAAAAUUCUCAGUAUAUAAUUAGCAUACAUGUAGUGGGUUAUAAAUGCCAAAUAAAUUAAAAAUAAAUAUUUUUUUCAUCAACAGUUAUUUGUUUUUGUUUCACUUGCUCUCUCUUUAAAAAGAACUAAAUUUUAUUUUAUGUUAUAAUUUUUGUUUGAACCUACUUCCAAAAAAGCAGGUUAUAUGUUCGGCUGGGUUUUAUUAUGUAUGUUCAACGAUUUCUACGACGAUUUAAUUUUUUUUUCUUUUUUAUUGAAGUUUGUGGUCACUUAGUUUCGUGAGCAAGUUUGAAGGUAGGAAUAGCUUGGUGCUUGAUCAUAGAGUAUUAUAGGAAUAAGAAAUAACAGUAUUUAAGUUGAUCUUUGUGCCGGAAUUUUGGUCUAUGCUCGCGAAUUUUCAACUCGUGUGAUAUCACAUCACUUUUUAUUAAUAAAAAAUAAUUUUAUGUAAUUUAAAAAAAAAUGCAAUUUCUAAUUUCACUGAUCUCUUUACGUCUGUAAGGUGUAAGUUCUAUAGAAAUAUGGUCUAACGUACCUUUAAAAUAAAUUUUUCGUAAUUGAACAUUUUUGGUAAGUUAACAAAAAUCCGAAUAUUUUACUUGUGUUAUAAGUACUUAGAGAUAUAUUGAGAAAACAAGAUAUGUUUGCUGUUCGAAUAUUUUUAUUUAUUUAUGCAAUUUUUAUUAUUGAAUUAUUUUAUACAAAGAUCAUCAGUGUUGCAUUUUUUUUUACUAAUUCCACUUGCUCCUUACUCGAUAACGUUGAAAGUUCUGAAAUCGUUUUUAAUGCUAAUUAUUAUAAGUUUAAGUAAGGUUUACAGUAUUCAGACAUAAAUAGCGUUUAGAAUGACGCUGCUGACGAUCACACAUACCUUAAUAUAUUUUAGCGCUAAGUAUUAUUUAUGUUUUGUGUUUAAAACAUUAGGUUUUUGGAUGCUAGUUUUCGAUUUUAGUAAAGGUUUAUAUCAAUUUUGGCUAUUUUUUACCCUUACUAAAUAAAAUAAUCCUUUUUUUUUUCAUACAUAGCAAUGUAUAUGUAAAAACAAUUAAAUUUUGUCUUUUUUGGAGGGUUUGAACUUACUUUAAACGUACAGCAUACAAUAUAAGAAUUAAGUAACAGAAUUACAUAUUACCUACAAUGGAAAUACCUUUAAUCGGGGACCUUCCUUGUUGAUUAUAAUUAUAUAUCGCAGUCCGUAACAAUAUCUUAUAUCCAAAACGUAGUCAAGAUUGGUAUAAUCCUGAGCUGCACGUAGGGCGUAUUGGUAGCGUGUUACGGUAAUAGUUUAGACAGGGACGUUGCAUUUUAAGACGUGACAGUGGAAAGGUUGCUGGCUUUUGAAAUACAUAGAAAAAAAGUCCCUGCUUUUUCUGUUUCCGUGUCUUUGUGUUUUAUUAUCAAACAGACAAACAUUUCCAGUUUUCUAUUAUUAUUCAAAUUAAAUUCUAUCGUUUAGAUAGUUUAACGACGUGUGACAUGUUUGCGGGGAUGGUUUAUUAAGGAAAACAAUUGGUGUGUUAUUACAAAACGCGCCUAGCGUGUCACGUCAGAUCAAGCAAAUAUAAAAAUUAUCUAUUUUAAUAAUACAAUAAUUUUAAAAAUUUAUUGGUAUAGCGUUGGACUAUAUAAUUUAUAAUACGAAAUAUUCCAAUGCCAGAAUAUAUGUAUUUCAAAAGCCGGCUUGCAUAAUUUAUAAUUCAUGUAAUAUUUUUGUACACAACUUUCUUGCCACAUUUCACUAUUAAGGUUAUAUUGUAUAAAGAAGAUUCGAUUUAAGGCGAUGAUUAAAAUUGGCUUUUCAUAUCCUGAGUGGUGACGGAAUAAGGUUUAUUAUUUGGAUUUGAUUUAAUCUGUGUUUUCAACAAAUAAAUUAUCUCCUGUGAAUUAUACGUAAGUUAGUUACAUAUAAAACUUAAAUGUCAAAUUAUUUGAAAAUAUCACUACAUUUAUUUCUUAAAAACGUGUAUAAAGAGAAAAGAAGAUUGAAUGUUAAGAUAGUGUUAUGUAAAAAGUUAUAGGGUCUGUUUAUUAUUUUAUUUAAGCAGAAAUGCGCCAAGCGUAUCGCGGUGCGUUUGGACUCUGUCCAUAUCACACGCUAGGCGUGUAUUCCCGUAGUGUUGUGUAUUAGAAAAGAGAGCGCGCGGGUUUAUGGGUGCUUUUAAUGCUUCAGAAAAAAAAAAAGAUUCUUUCCCACGCACACGUUAAAUAAAUAUGAGCGGUUGAACCGCAGAAAUUCGCUAUCUUCCUAUUUAAAAGCUAAGCUCUUUUUGGUGCCAUGAAAAUGGUAAUAAAUUUCAUAUUGACGGAAUGGUAUUGCAAAUUGCCUCCUAUAGUAACACACAAGGGCUGAUAAAUCAACUAGUGUAGGUUUCCUGAUGCUUAAUAUCGAAGGAAAGUGUAUAAAAGUAAGAGUAGGAAAAGAGUUUAAAAAUUUAGUCUGUGAUAAGUUUUGGCAGAACUGUGAUUUGUAUGGUCAGACCAUAAACCGAUACCAAAGAUAUGGUCAGCAGAACAAAUGUAUGGCGAAUAAAGUAGAUAGCUCCAUUUUUUUAUUUUUCAAUUAAAAACAGUUCUAUCUGCAUAGUUAGAUUUGUUUAUAUAUUUGAAACACUAAUCUUAUCGAGGAAUCUCGUAACUUUUUCUGCUGACUGUCCUUUCAAUAAAGUUGUUGAUGUUGAGAAAGCUUUGGGUGCGCAAAACAGUAUAAAGAUUAAGGUUAUAAUUUUUUUUUUCUGGUUACAUUAUUUGCUAAGAUUUUUCACAAUUAAUCUGCAUUUUUCUGUUUAGCGCGUUCGAAAAAGUAGCUGAAAUAUUUUUGUGUGAAAAGGAUUUUUUGUUAGAAAUGUAAAUUUGCGUUUUCACCAAAGAUAAAUUGCUAAUGUGUUUGUGUCACCAACACAUUUUGGUAACACAAAAGUUAGAAAUUUAACAUUUUCACGCUUAUAGACAAGUGGUUUCUGUUCUAGUAUUUAAACGCCUCCAAGUCACUGGCCUUCCUUAUGGAUGGUCCUUCAAUAUAACUACCUUAUUGCUAUAAAAUUUAAAAACAUUGUAUAAAAACAUGGCUCGUGCUAUCUCGCUCAUAAUAAGUGCUUGUGAGCCAAACGAAUUACUUAUUGCCGUUGCUAUGUAGCUACUAAUAGCGGACGAGUUUGGCGCACUGCCAUUGGCUAAAAUGUAUCUAAUAUUAUUGGCUGAAAUAUUUGCACUAUUCAGUUUUCUUUAUUAUUGCGCAAUUGUUUUGCAUGUAAAGCCACGUUCAGACGAGCGUAAUUUUUACGUCGUGCCGCGUUGGCGAAUGUCAAUUUUGUCCUGAUAAAUAUAAAGCUCAAAAUCGUAACGCUAAUGAAUAAUAUCUAAAAAAUAGCUAAACAAUUAAAUGUGUGAAUACAAAGUUGUAAUUCGUCAUCUAAGAAUUUUAACACGACGUAUUAUUUGACAGAAUAUCAUUUGUCUAUAAGUAGCGCAUUGUACAGUCAACAGCACAUCAAAUUACCCUGCAUGAAACACUAUAGCACGGUAAUAGCGGCGAGACUGCAAUAAAUUUGGGUAGGUUGAUGUGCUGUUGACUGUACUCUAAUAAUAAUGAGAAUAGUUUGAAAACUUUAUGAAUGUUCUGUAUGAAUUUAACUAAUAAGUCCUUAUUGAUGUUACUGUUUACGUGUCCUUUCGACUACUUCAUUCAAAUUAAACCAUCAUUUAAAUAAGUACGUGCCACUCAAGAAAGAAAAAAAUAUUUGUCUUGUAUGAGUACAUAUUAAUUGGUGUUAAAAUAAAUGAUACAUGUUUUACUGAAUAUGUAAUGGCCGCUGGGCGAUCUCAUAUUUAUUGAUACUUCCAUAUAUUGCCUAUUCUGUCGUGACGGGGAAUCUAUAUGACUUGUACUGUCAAUUAUUUUGAAAAUAGAUACCUCGAUAUACUAAAGUUUUAAAACUUAUUGUGGUGCAGUGUGAUGGGACUUAGUCAAAGAAAUUUAGUGUUAUUUAAAUUUUCGCGCGUUCAAAAGAAAUUUCCGGUUUGUUCCUCGGCCGGUGAUCGUCGGAGCGAGCCCAAUGUCCGCUAAAAGACAUUCACAAGCUUUUACGAUAUAACUAGAUGUAUAUUAAAGGGACUUGAGCGAAACUUUUUAUAUUUUGUCUGACAUUAAUACAUUAGCUACACAAUUAACGGACUUUAUAACCACCCACCACAACUUUACAUAUAACACAUAAUUAUAACAUGUAUUUAUAACCUUAAUUUAUGUAAGCAAAGGACACGUAAACGGAAAUAUUACUCCCAAGAAUUUAAAAGUACAAAAUGACGUAAUACUAUAUUCACCCCAGCAAUAUUUUGAUUAGAAUAGAUUGCAAAAAACCGAUUAUCUUUUAUUCUGUAAACGGUUUAGAAACAACAUUGAAAAUAUAUUUUUUAUCUCGCUCUAAACAUCGCAUGCUCCCGUUGGGCAAUGUAACAUAGUUUAAUCAUCCAAAUCUUGUCAUAAAAUAUGAGGUGUAAAAAAUUUCCCUAUACAUUUCUUUGUACAUUGUAAUUUGGAAAAACUAUCUGGCCAAUAGAAGCCAGAAUGAUUACAAAGACAUCUCAAUACCCAAUUUAGUACACUACUAAUUAAUACUUUAACUCAUAACAGAAUAAAAGAUAACAGGAAUAAAAAUCUUCAUAUGAUAAACUAUUUUGUUAUAUUUUUAAUGGAUAUUUAAGAUCUCAUUGGAGCACUCAUUCAAAAGCAGGGUUACUCUCUAAAGUUGCUUCAAUUAUUAGAAUAAUUAUCAUUGUUUAGGUUUCAGUACAUUAAAUAAAUAUUUGGAUUUAGAAAUAAACAAAUGUUCUUGAGUUCAAUACAGAUAUAAACGAAAUAUUUUUUACUACGAUCAUCCUAAUUAAUUAAAAUCCCAACACAACUGACACACUCUGUAGAUCAGCUGCAGUAAAGUCAUUCAACAAAAUAUCGAUAAAAACUAUUAUUUAUAAAUAAUUAUUAGUCUCCGUUAUAUUUAAGAGUUCAAACAUUUGUUUCAACAUUUUCUUCACAACACUGUAUAAGACAUAGUUUUGGCCACAUGUAAACUAUUAAGUUUUCUUCUUAGCUAAGAAUGUACAGAGCGCACGUCGACGCGCCAUGAAGGACUGUUUAGGUAAUCAUUUAAAAAUUCUAAUUAAACAAUAAUGGAAUGUACUGAAACCUAAACCUUUACGCAAAUCUAGACUAGCUUAGGCAUUUUAGUGAUCCUAGUGCAUAAUUAAACUAACUGUAUUUUGCCAAUCUUCACUGUCAGUCUAUAUGACGAUCUGCCAUUUUUUACGUACCCAUAGUAUUAAUAAAUGUAUUAAAUGUAUGUGUAA